UCAUGAUGGUUGUGAUCAUCCUCUCUGCGGUCCUGAUGUUGAUCUUUCAAUGCGCCGUCUCUGAUGUCGUAAAAGAUUUUGAUAAAUGCAGCAAUUUCUUCUCAGACAAUCAGCCUCCAGAGAUUCCUGGUGUUCUGGUAGAUUCAAAGUCAGCAGAUCAAAAUCGCUACAAGUUCAUUUGUCAGGGUGCUAAAGACAAGUACACCUUUGCAACGUUUUAUGACACAGAAUCCAGAAUCCCAGUGUUCUCAGCCUACAGAUACAGUGGAAAAGGAAACUUCAACCGGGAUCAAGCAAAGAAACCCUGGUCGACUGAGCCUCAGCUCGACAACAAUAAGCAGGCAGCUGACGAUGACUACAAGAAUAACAAACUGAAUGUGAACCGCGGUCAUUUAUUUCCCGUCUGUCACGCAAAGGAUCUUGACACAGCCAAAUCUACAUUCACCCUCACCAACGCUGUGCCACAGAAAGAGAGUUUUAAUGGCGGCAGCUGGGCUCAUAUGGAAGGAUGUACAAUGGGGCUGAUGGAAACCAACUGCCGCGACAAUAAUGAUCAAGUCUCGGCGUAUGUGCUGACGGGUGCCGUACCUGCAAAAAACCCCUUACCUCAAGAUAUGUUAAAUAAGAGAGUGAAUAUUCCCUCGAUGAUGUGGACGGCGUUCUGCUGCUACAACAAUGAGAAGCAAUCCUGGUUCUCCGCAGCACACUGGGCCAAGAAUGUAGAUGAAGAUGUGAACCAGAAAAUGAUUCUGACAGUGAGUCUGAAGAACUUACAGGAUGAGCUGAAGAAGACUUGGGGAGAAGGACUGAAGCUCUUUAAUAAGUGCGAUGAGAAAAAAUCAUUAAUGUCUUCAAUCUGGUAUUUCAUCAGUCGUGUGACAGGAUGAAUCUGUGCUCACAGAAAUAAGAAAGAUCGGUCAUUCAUGAAGUUCUACCUUCUGCCCUUUAAUUGUUUGUUUAUGAAAUAUUUGAUCUCAUUAAAAAUGAUUCUUUGUCCUGAUCAUCAGGAUGUUUCAUCACUUUCUUGCUUUAUCGCUGCAUUCUCUAGUAAAGAGGCACAUAAGAGGAAAUCAUGUUAUAAUCGCUCUCGUAUCUGCUAAACAAUCUCUAAAGUUUGUAUUGUUGCUUUGAAACUUGCAAUAAAUGAAUGAAAGAUGCGCACUGAUGUGUGAAAGAGUGUUUAUGUGUGUGAAGUGAUGUACAUACUUUUAUAGGGUGACCAUAUUCAGAAUUUAAUAAAUAAAAUAAAAAUGUCCAACAUUCUUUUGAAUGUCCGUGUGUACUAAAAUAAAAUAUUUG